UUUUAAACGGAGACAAGCAUGGUACCGAGAGACCAUUUGGCCGGAUGAAUGUGAAGCAUGGAGUGAGUACAGGUACGCUUCUACACAAAUUUGGUGGUGGGUUGGUGCGUUCGUGAUGGAGAAGGCGAGGGAUGGUGAUGCAAAACGCCGCCGCUCUCUUCCACUCCUCAAUCCCAACUGGGCGCAACUACAAGCGAAACUCAAAACUCGACGUAGCUCUCACCGCUCUGGAUGUACACUCCUCCAACCACACCAGAAUAUCCAAGGCACUGCACUUGGUAAACGCAAACAGAGACCAGAGGAUGAUGAGGAGUCUCAUACUCCAUCGGCUACUCUGGCUCCUACGAGUUCUGAUUGCAGUGUAACAGAUACAGUAGCCAUGGAUUGCGAGAUGGUCGGUGUUAGCUCCCAAGGAACAAAAAGUGCACUUGGAAGGGUGACACUGGUAAAUGCUUGGGGGAACGUCAUAUAUGAUGAAUAUGUGAGACCAAUAGAGCGUGUUGUUGACUUCCGAUCUGAAAUUAGCGGAAUUCGGCCCCAUAACUUGAGGAAAGCGAAGGACUUCUGGACUGUUCAAAAGCAUGUUGCAGAUUUAAUGAAGGGAAGGAUUCUUGUUGGCCAUGCUUUGCACAAUGAUCUUAAGGCACUACUGCUGAGUCAUCCGAAAAAGGAUACAAGGGAUACAUCAGAAUACAUGCCUUUUAAAAGGGAUGGACGGAAAAGUGCUUUACGCGAUCUUGCAUCCCUCUAUCUUGGUGUAACGAUCCAAGAAAGGGAGCAUUGCCCGGUUGAAGAUGCUCAAGCUGCCAUGGCAAUCUACCAGAAACAUAAGAAGGAAUGGGAAAGAAGUAUCAAGCAGCAGAUGAGAUCAAAGAGGAAGACCAGGAAGAAAAAGAAGCAAAGUAAACCAAUGGACAAUGAAGUCUUGAGGCGUGAUCAUGUCACCAUUGUAUCUGAUACUCAAAAAUUUGAUUGACAAACUUGUACUAUUUUAUUCAUCAAUAUCUUACAUGGCUUUGACGUUUUAUAACUACUUUUGGUAAUGUGAGGGUCUGAAAAUGCUCAUGAAAAUUGUCUCCAACAUCUACUGUAGGAGGAUGAACCUCUCUGAACUGUCAAUUUGAGACUGGGUUCCUUAAA